AUGACCCUAGGUGGCCAGACGACCCUAGGUGGCCAGACGACCCUAGGUGGCCAGACGACCCUAGGUGGCCAGACGACCCUAGGUGGCCAGACGACCCUAGGUGGCCAGACGACCCUAGGUGGCCAGACGACCCUAGGUGGCCAGAUGACCCUAGGUGGUCAGACGACCCUAGGUGGCCAGACGAGGCUAGGUGGCCAGACGAGGCUAGGUGGCCAGACGAGGCUAGGUGGCCAGACGACCCUAGGUGGCCAGACGAGGCUAGGUGGCCAGACGAGGCUAGGUGGCCAGACGACCCUAGGUGGCCAGACGACCCUAGGUGGCCAGACGAGGCUAGGUGGCCAGACGACCCUAGGUGGCCAGACGACCCUAGGUGGCCAGAUGACCCUAGGUGGCCAGACGAGGCUAGGUGGCCAGACGACCCUAGGUGGCCAGACGACCCUAGGUGGUCAGACGAGCCUAGGUGGUCAGAUGAUCCUAGGUGGCCAGACGACCCUAGGUGGUCAGACGACCAUAGGUGGUCAGACGACCAUAGGUGGUCAGACGACCCUAGGUGGCCAGACGACCCUAGGUGGCCAGACGACCCUAGGUGGCCAGACGAGGCUAGGUGGCCAGAUGACCCUAGGUGGCCAGACGACCCUAGGUGGUCAGACGACCCUAGGUGGCCAGACGACCCUAGGUGGCCAGACGACCCUAGGUGGCCAGACGACCCUAGGUGGCCAGACGAGGCUAGGUGGCCAGAUGACCCUAGGUGGUCAGACGACCCUAGGUGGCCAGACGAGGCUAGGUGGCCAGAAGAGGCUAGGUGGCCAGACGACCCUAGGUGGCCAGACGACCCUAGGUGGCCAGACGAGGCUAGGUGGCCAGAUGACCCUAGGUGGCCAGACGAGGCUAGGUGGCCAGACGAGGCUAGGUGGCCAGACGACCCUAGGUGGCCAGACGAGCCGAGGUGGCCAGAUGAUCCUAGGUGGCCAGACGACCCUAGGUGGCCAGACGACCCUAGGUGGUCAGACGACCCUAGGUGGCCAGACGACCCUAGGUGGCCAGACGACCCUAGGUGGCCAGACGACCCUAGGUGGCCAGACGAGGCUAGGUGGCCAGAUGACCCUAGGUGGCCAGACGACCCUAGGUGGCCAGACGACCCUAGGUGGCCAGACGACCCUAGGUGGCCAAACGACCCUAGGUGGCCAGACGAGCCUAGGUGGCCAGAUGAUCCUAGGUGGCCAGACGACCCUAGGUGGCCAGACGAACCUAGGUGGCCAGAUGAUCCUAGGUGGCCAGACAGGCCUAGCCACGCCGGGCGGUCGAGGGCGUGCGUCUCCACGCCGGGCGGUCGAGGGCGUGCGUCUCCGCCCCGACGCCGCCGCUGUGCGCCGCAAGGUGUCAGCCGUGCCAAUGUGGAAUUAA